AUGCAGGAGCCGAAGUGGUAUUUCUUACCGCGGUUGGCUGUGUUCAGCGCCUCCGUCACCGGCGCCUUCGCCCUCUUCGACGUGCUCAACUCCCAGCUGCGCUGGUGGCGAGGCGAAGCCGACCAGUGGCUGGCGGACUGGGACGCCGCCCCCGAGGCGCCGGACACGCCGGCGACGCCCGCAGAGGAGGCCCUCCUCACGGCGAAGCUGCUGCGCGCGGCGGAGACGCGGUCCGAUCGGACCGGUCGGCGCUACGUCGUGUUCGUGCGGCACGCCCAGCCUCGCGAAGGUGCCGGCGACGGCUCCGGCGACGCGCCGGCGGGCCCCGCGCUGACCGAGACCGGGCGGCGCCAGGCCGAGCUGACGGGCAGGCGGCUGCAGGAGCUCUUCGGCAGGGGACGCGGCGCGCUGUCCCGUGGCGGCGUCAGCGUGGUGUACCACUCCAGCGCGCCCGAGGCUGCGGCAACGGCCGAGAUCAUCCGCGGGUGCUUCACUGGAGGCUGCAACCUGCUGGAGUCGCCGCUGCUCGCGGAGGGCGUACCCGCACUGCCGAGCCCCGCCCCGCGG